AUGAGUGAUGAGAUUGAUUUAAAUGAGGGGGUGAUUGUUUCUAAUGAUAGAGCCGGUAAUGAAGUUGUUUCUCAGGAUACUGUCCAAUCGUCGGAUGAGGUUAAUGAGAGCACAAAAGGUGAGAUCAAUGAUACCAAGGAGAUGGAUGCCAGUGAAGAUAUCAAUGGCAAGGAGGCAGUGAAUGGUGUGCCUGAGGUUUCUUCUGUCGAGAAUGACUUGGAGCAAAAGAUGGUCGGAUCUCAAGAUCAGGAAGAGCCAACUGAAAUUAAGGAAUCUGCCGGUGUUGAUGUUGAUCAACAAGUAGAUACUUUUCAAGAUGCUCAGGGUACUGAUGGAGACGAAAAUAUAGAUGUUGAAGAUGGAAAUUCUCUACAUGAUAUAACUGAAAAUACUGAUAAUCUGAACACAGAUUCAGCAAAAACCGAGGUUUCUGAAAGUAACCAAGAAGAAGAAGAUUUCAAAGAUGCUCCAAUGGAACAAGUAGAAGAUAUUAAAAAUAGUAAUAAAGAUAUUGAAAUCAAGACUGAUUUAAAUCCAGAGGAGCAGAUACCAAAAAUCAAAGUUGAAUCAGAUUCUUCUAAGGAUUUAGAUUUUGUAAAUAAAGAAAAGAAGUUAAACGAGAAUUUGAAUCAAUCAAUUGAUGAAAAUAGUGAAUUAUCGACAUCCACUGCAACAGAGAAAGAAGAUCUAAAUGACCAACUUUCAAGAAAAAGUUCGAAGGAAGAUGGUAAUUCCAGUGGUACAGAAAAUGCUCCUCCAGCAUUACCACCAAGAUCUCCUACUUCGCUGAAAUCAGAGACAAGUGAGGCUGACUUAGAUAAUAGAUUAGAAUCACCAGGGCCUCCAUUACCUGCAAGAAAGGGAAGUGUAAAAGCUGUUCACAAUGUACCUCCACCUUUUAAAAGUGAGAUGGAAUCUGAGGAUUUCAGAGUUAAGAUCGCUCUUUCUCAUGCUAAAGCUACUCCACCAGCACCUCCACCACGUCACAAUAGAUCUGUUUCAGACACGAGUAAUACAGCAGCUGAUAUCAAUUUAAUUGUUAACAGAUUCCGUAAAACAAGUAAUAAUUAUCAGAAGUUUGAUGAAACUACAAAGCAAAACCUUCAGGAAGGUAGAAAUACAUUAAAGACAUCAUACUCAGAAUUAUUGAAAAAGUUUUUGCCAUCUAGUACUACCGAAAAGGAGGAAGAUAAUAAGGAACAAGAAGAAACAGUAGAAACAGUAGAAAAGGGUGUUGAUGAUCAUAUAGGAACACCAGAUAUUGAUUGGGAAUUCUGGUCAGAAGUCGUAAAUGACUUUGCUACUGUCACCCAAGAAAACGCUGACAAGUUGGAAUCCAUGAUUACUGAUGGUAUCCCAUCAGAAAUUCGUGGUAUAAUCUGGCAAUUAAUUGCAAAUUCGAAAUCCAAAGAGUACGAAGACUUGUAUGAGUCUUUAUUAAAAUUGGAAUCAACUGAGGAAAGUAUCAUACGUAGGGAUUUAAAGCGUACCACUUUCAUUCCUCCUGAAAAAGUGGAAUCACUUUUCAAUGUAAUUAAAGUAUACUCAUUAUUUGACACUGAAGUUGGGUAUACUCAAGGAAUGGCGUUUAUAGUCACACCAUUGUUAUUGAACUGUGACACUGAAGCUGAUGCAUUUGGUCUUUUAAUAAGUUUAAUGAAAAACUAUGGAUUAAGGGAAUUUUUCCUGCCUGGCAUGCCAGGUUUGAUGCUGAUGUUAUAUCAAUUUGAUAGAUUAGUGGAGGAAAAUUCUCCACUUCUUUACAAUUAUUUAGGGAGACAAGGAAUCAGAUCUACCAUGUAUGCUACUCAAUGGUUUUUGACAUUUUUUGCAUACAAAUUUCCACUUUGCUUUGUAUUAAGAAUCUUCGAUAUUGUUUUUGUGGAAGGUGUUGAAUCUAUAUUAAAGUUUGCAGUCAUACUUAUGUUAAAGAACGAAGAAGAAAUCUUGAAUCUAAAAUUUGAUCAAUUAUUAGAUUUUUUGAAAACUGGGUUAUUUUCUUAUUAUUCUACGUCAGCAAUAGCUGAAAGAGAAGAAAAAGCUUAUGGAUCAAAGCAGGAGGAAAGGAAUUCAGAUGUAAACGAUGAUGAAAGUAGCAGAGAGGAUUUGGAAGAAAAUGACAAUGUCUCGGUGUUAAAGACUGAACUUUCAGCAUUAAAUGCAGUUGAUUCAUCCGAUUCAACUGCUAAAAGUGUACCAAAUAGAAAAAUCAGUGAUACUACUUAUGAUAUAGAUAUGUUUGUACAUGAUGCAAUAGAGGAGGUGACCAUCACACCAAUUACAUUAAAAAGAUAUUCUGCGGAAUAUGACGAGAUUCAUGAGAUUGAACAACAAAAAGAACAACAGUAUGAGCAUAUGAGAAUUAAAAAUCAUCAAUUGCAAAAAGAAGUCAGAAAACUCGAACAUGAUUAUACCCUGUUAAACAGGGAGCAUAUAACCAUAGCCAAUGAAUUGAUUCAAAGCAGACUUAAGAUAGAAACCAUAUUAGAUGAAAAGAAUGAUAUGAACCUCACAGUAUUAGAUCUGAAAAGACAACUAGCAGAAGAAAUACGAAAACAAAAUUUACCUAACCCUGACGCGUCAUUACCAAGUGAUUUAAAAUUCGAUUUACAACAAGCAAUGCAAAGAAACGAGGAGGUUAUGACAGAAAAUAUGAAGCUUCAAGAUAAAGUCAGUGACUUGGAGAAAAUAAUUGAGGAUUUAAAAAAUCUAAAACCAACAAGCCCAAUUAUCGGUACUGGAGAUUCAAAAGUGACACAAACAGCUAAUGCAGGGUGGUCAGGAUUUAAGAAAGUUUUCACAAAGCCAAACCAAUAA